GGGUGAUUGAUAUUUCAGAACCCCCCAUGCAUUUCCUUUCUCGUAGCAGUCACGAUAAGGACAGCCUUGCCCUUGAAUUCUGUCACUAACCAAAGCUCGAGGUCUACUUCAGUCGUCUACUUCAUAGCUCACUUAUAUUGCAUCUUAGCAGCACCGUCAACAAAUUAAAUCACGAUGACAGAAAAUAUGAAGGCGUGGCAGCAGGCCGCUCCUGGUCCUAUCGAGCAGAAUCUCAAACUCGUGUACAACGUCCCACGCCCUAAUGCAGUCCUCCAGAAAGGCGAGAUCCUCGUCCGCGUCGUCAGUGCCGGUCUGAACCCGGCAGAUUACAAAGGCAUGGAGGGGGGAUUCUUCUCCCGCGCCGUCGGCAAGUUUCCCAAGGUGGCGGGCAUGGACCUCAGCGGCACUGUCGUGGCCGUGGCUGAGGGAUCAACAGACGUUACGGUCGGCGACAACAUCUUCGGCCGUCUCGAACCUUUUCAAGCGCACGGCUCGCUGUCGGAGUAUGUGGUGCUGCCACGAGAUGGGUAUGCCGUGCUACCCAAGGGAGUGGACCUCGAUCACGCUGCUGGGGUGCCCACCGCGGGGAUGACAGCGUACCAAAGUAUCAAGCCCUAUAUCAAAGCCGGCGAUCGCAUCUUUAUCAACGGCGGCUCCGGAGGAACAGGGACCUUCGGCAUCCAAAUUGCAAAGGCCCUCGGAUGCCACGUAACGACAUCCUGCUCAACCGCCAAGAUCGACCUCGUCAAGAAGCUGGGCGCGGACGCCGUGAUCGACUACCGCGUCGACAACAUUGUGACUAAACUUGAAGCUGAGGGCCAAGUCUACGAUCUGGUAGUGGAUAACGUAGAUAACUCGCCAAAAAGCUUUUUCUCUACGACGCCCAAGUUUCUGAAGCCUCACGGUCACUAUAUUUGUGUCGGAGGUUCCGUAUCACUGCACACAGCUAAGAAUAUGGUCGAGGGCCUGUUAUGGCCGACCUUCUUGGGCGGCACGCCGCGAAAGUUCGUACCGUACUUUACCAAGAAUGUACACGAGGACUACGAGCAGCUAGCCAAGUGGCUGGCUGAUGGGACUAUAACAACGAUUAUCGAGUCGACGUAUGAGUUUGAGCAAGCAAUUGAGGCCUUGAAGUAUGUGAAGAAGGGCUCUAGUGGAGGAAAAGUCAUUGUGCACGUCUCUCCACAGGUGUAAAGGUGUUACUUAUUGUUGAGAGUUUCGGAAGUAAUAGAAUGGCAUUUUUAUUGAUGAUGCUAGGUCGAUAAAGUUCUUAAAGAGACACAGUUAUGAGUGUAAGAAGGUUGCUCUUUCCAGCUCCAAGCCUGCACCUUGGUGUCAAUACUAAACAAGAAAUUCU